UCCUGCACAGCGCUGUCAGCGGAGCAGCUGACACAACUGGUCAGAAAUGGCUGCCACCGGAGUCCUUCCCUUCAUCAGGGGGGUCGAUCUCAGUGGAAACGACUUCAAAGGAGGGUAUUUCCCUGAGCAUGUCAAGUGUAUGAGCAGCCUUCGAUGGCUGAAGCUGAACAGAACCGGACUUUGUUACCUCCCAGAGGAGCUGGCCUCCCUCCAGAAGUUGGAACAUCUUUCAGUGAGUCACAACAGUCUGACCACCUUACAUGGAGAGCUUUCCAGCUUACCAAACCUGCGGGCGGUGGUAGCCAGAGCCAACAACCUGAAAAACUCUGGAGUCCCAGAUGACAUCUUUCUGCUUGAUGACCUGUCUGUGCUGGAUCUGAGCUACAAUCAGCUGACAGAGAUCCCCCGGGAACUGGAGAACAGCAGGAACAUGCUGGUCCUGAAUCUGAGCCACAACGGCAUCGAUUCCAUCCCCAACCAGCUGUUCAUCAACCUGACAGACCUGCUGUAUCUGGACCUGAGCGACAACAAGCUGGACAGCCUCCCGCCUCAGAUGAGACGCCUGGUGCACCUGCAGACUCUCAUUCUCAACAACAACCCCCUGAUGCAUGCCCAGCUGCGCCAGCUUCCAGCCAUGGUAGCGCUGCAGACCCUUCACCUGAGGAACACCCAGAGGACCCAGAGCAACAUGCCGACCAGCCUGGAGGGACUGACGCUUUUAGCCGAUGUCGAUCUUUCAUGUAAUGACCUUACUCGGGUGCCGGAGUGCCUCUAUUCCCUCGGGAGUCUGAAGAGACUCAACCUGAGCAGUAAUCAGAUUUCUGAACUGUCCCUGUGCAUCGAUCAAUGGACUCAGCUGGAAACACUUAACCUGAGUCGCAACCAGCUCACCUCACUGCCUUCUGCCAUCUGCAAGCUGUCCAAAUUAAAGAAACUGUAUGUCAAUUCUAACAAACUGGACUUUGAUGGGGUUCCACCAGGCGUGGGCAAACUCGCCAGCCUCACCGAGUUCAUGGCUGCAAAUAACAACCUGGAACUAAUUCCAGAGGGACUCUGCAGGUGUGGCAAACUCAAGAAGCUCGUCCUGAAUAAAAACCGCCUGGUGACUCUGCCCGAGGCCAUUCACUUCCUCACAGACCUGGAGGUAUUGGAUGUACGUGAGAACCCAAACCUGGUGAUGCCUCCAAAGCCAGUGGACCGAGGAGCCGAGUGGUACAACAUCGACUUCUCCCUCCAGAACCAGCUGCGCCUGGCCGGAGCGUCGCCUGCUACUGUGGCGGCUGCAGGGGGAGGAGCCAGCCCCAGAGAUCACUUGGCGAGGAAGAUGAGGUUAAGGAGGAGGAAGGAUUGUUCUCAGGACGAUCAAGCAAAGCAGGUCCUGAAGGGCAUGAGUGACGUUGCACAAGAGAAGAAGAACAUGGAGGAGAACGGAGACUUAAAAUAUGGAGAUUUAAAAAUUCGCCGAUGGGACAAGAGUCUAGAGAAACCUCAGCUGGAUUACUCUGAGUUCUACAUGGAGGACGUGGGACAGGUGCCGGGUGUAGCAGUGUGGCAGAUAGAGAACUUCAUUCCUGUGCAGGUGGAUGAAACUUUCCAUGGCAAGUUCUAUGAAGCUGACUGUUACAUCAUCCUCAAGACGUUCCUGGAUGAUAACGGAGCAUUAAACUGGGAGAUCUACUACUGGAUCGGUCAGGAGGCCACUCUCGACAAGAAAGCUGGCUCCGCCAUUCACGCUGUCAACCUCCGAAACUGCCUGGGAGCGGAGUGCAGGACGAUCCGGGAAGAGAUGGGAGACGAGAGCGAAGAGUUCAGCGCCGUAUUUAAUAAUGAGAUUUCCUACAUCGAGGGAGGAACAGCCAGUGGAUUUUACACUGUGGAAGACACAAAUUACCCUGUCAGAUUUUACAGAGUCUACGGCAAGAAAAACAUCAGACUGGAGUCUGUUCCCGUCAAGGCCUCCUCCCUCGACCCCCGCUACGUGUUCCUGCUGGAUACAGGGUUGGAAAUCUUCAUCUGGAGAGGAGCCAACGCCACUCUGGCAGGCACGACGAAGGCCAGGUUAUUUGCUGAAAAGAUCAAUAAGAAUGAGCGUAAAGGGAAGGCAGAGCUUGUAACCCUGGGUCAGAACCAGGAGCCUCCGGGCUUCUGGGAGGUGCUGGGAGGACAACCGGAGGAGAUCAGGAAGCACGUACCCGACGAUUUCUCCCCCGUCAGACCCAAGCUUUACAAAGUGGGCCUGGGUCUCGGCUACCUUGAGCUGCCUCAGAUUAACUACAAGCUGUCGGUCGAGCACAAAGACCACAAGGUCAAGCUGGACACCCUGCCGGAGCUCAGACUGCUGCAGUCUCUGUUGGACACCAAAGGCGUUUACCUGCUGGACUGCUGGUCGGACGUCUUCAUCUGGAUCGGGAAGAAGUCCCCCCGUCUCGUCCGAGCUGCAGCCUUGAAACUGGGCCAGGAGAUCUGCUCCAUGCUGCACCGGCCCAAACACGCCUGCGUCACCCGCAACCUGGAGGGGACGGAGAGCCAGGUGUUCAAAUCCAAGUUUAAGAACUGGGAUGACGUACUGAAGGUGGACUACACCAGAGCUGCCGAGACGGUGCAACAGACCGAUAACCUGCAGGGCAAGGUGAAGAAGGAUGCGGAGCAGAAAGACCAGAUGAAAGCCGACCUGACGGCGCUCUUCCUCCCCAGGCAGCCGGCCAUGCCCCUCACUGAGGCCGAGCAGCUGACGGAGGAGUGGAACGAGGACCUGGAUGGCAUGGAAGGAUUCGUGCUGGAGGGAAAGAAGUUUGCCCGCUUGCCCGAAGAGGAGUUUGGACACUUCUUCACGCAGGACUGCUACGUCUUCCUCUGCAGAUACUGGGUGCCAGUGGAGUAUGAGGACGAUGACGACGAGAAGAAGGAGAAGAAAGAGGGUGAAGGUGGCAGAGGAGGAAGAGGAGGAGGAGGAGCAGGAGCAGGGGGAGGAGGAGGAGGUGAUGACGAGGAGGACGACAAACAGCCCGAGGAGGAUUUCCAGUGUGUGGUGUAUUUCUGGCAGGGCAGGCAGGCCUCCAACAUGGGCUGGCUCACCUUCACCUUCUCCCUGCAGAAGAAGUUCGAGAGUCUUUUCCCUGGAAAACUGAAGGUGGUCCGGAUGACCCAGCAGCAGGAAAACCUCAAGUUCCUGUCGCAUUUCAAGAGGAAGUUCAUCAUCCACAAGGGGAAGCGGAAGCUGAAGUCGGACUCGGCCCAGCCGUCGCUCUACCAGAUCCGAACCAACGGCAGCGCGCUCUGCACCAGGACCAUCCAGAUCGCUACGGAUUCAGGAAACCUCAACUCAGAGUUCUGCUUCAUACUCAAGGUACCGUUUGAGAGCACGGACAAUCAGGGCAUCGUUUACAGCUGGGUGGGCCGCGCCGCCGACCCCGACGAGGCCAAGCUGGCCGAGGACGUCAUGAACUCCAUGUUUGAUGACACGUACAGCAAACAGGUAAUUAAUGAGGGGGAGGAGCCGGAGAACUUCUUCUGGGUGGGGAUUGGCUCCCAGAAACAGUACGAUGAAGAUGCAGAUUACAUGAAGCACGCUCGGCUCUUCAGGUGCUCCAACGAGAAGGGAUAUUUCUCCGUGUCGGAGAAGUGCUCGGACUUCUGUCAGGACGACUUGGCCGACGAUGACAUCAUGCUGCUGGACAACGGCAAAGAGGUGUAUAUGUGGGUCGGCACCCAGACCAGCCAGGUGGAGAUCAAACUCAGCCUUAAAGCCUGCCAGGUUUACAUCCAGCACGUUCGCUCUAAAGAGACCGAACAGCCCAGGAAGCUGCGUCUGGUGAGGAAGGGAAACGAGCCUCACUGCUUCACCCGCUGCUUCCACGCCUGGGGCGCCUUCAAGACUCCGCCUUCUUAGUCCAAACUCUGCAAAUCACACGCACGCACACGUCAUAUCAAUUUGCUGCCAAAAAGAUAAGGAUGUCUAAGCUUAGCCCUGCGUCGCCUGAGAAUCUGUCCCUCUGUCCCAUCCAGCUCUUAGAUCUUAAUCCGGACAGACUCACCAGCUGAUAAAUGCUGACUGACUGCAGCAAUAUACCAUCUCGCAGGCCUAAAUAUAUCUGCUGAAAGAGAGAAGAGAAUCAUCUUUUCACAUAAAAAUAAGUCAGGAGCAUACAGAGAAUUUAUAAAAACUAAGGGAAACUACGUCUCCCAACAUAUCCAUGGUUUUUUGCUGCUUUCACGUGUUCUGCGCUCCACGUCUCCAGUGGACGGGCCUCACUACUAUAAACAAGUCUCCAUCCUUGGUGCCAUUUAUGCAGCUUAAAGGGAAGCAGUUAGAGGCGACUUUUGAUGUUUGUUCUUUUUUUUUAACAGUUUCUGUUAGUUUUAUCAUUGAGGGACUGGACAAAGAACAUUGCUGUAAUUGUUUUUGCCGAAGAAUGUCAGUUUACAAAUGUAUAUUUUGGUGGAAUGUGUCUCCCCGUGCGUCUCCCCACGAGGCUUCCCUUCUGCUCCCCGGUCCGUGCCGUCACUGCUUUCCUUUCGAGCGCUGCGACCGCAAGAGGAAACUCGAUGGGAGACCGUUUCUGUCAAGCGGUUCUCGUGUCAGACGGUUAUCGUUUUAACGAUGAGAAAGUGUGAUGGUUGCAUUUAUUUGUCCAAAGAAAUCCUGUGGAGGUCUGAGUGCAAGUUUUACAUGCGGGACAGAAGUUUGAAUGUGCAAUCGGAGCCUGGGAUGUUUCCGACACAGAUUCUGUUACGGGCUGCACUUGACUUAUCAGGAUGUUUGUUUCGGGAGAUGAUAAUAAAGCACAACAUCUUUUCUGUUUAAACGUUUUAGUCGGACGGAUCAGAGCGCAUUAAUGGGAGAUCACAUCAGACUCGUCUUCAUUAGCGCAGGGACUUGUGCUUUUGCUGAUGGUAGCUCAGUUCCACCAGUAUAAUCUUAAAUAACCGCAGCGCUUGUGAUCAUGUGACCUGAGCAGCGAGCAGGCAUCAGUUGCAUUCACACUUGGCUGCAGCAUGUAUCGUUUUUAUUUCUUUGUGUGGGGGUGAACCGUAUGCCUGAGAGUGAGUCUUGCACACAUCUGUGUAUAUUUGAAUAUGUGCACAAGCUCCUAAUGCCACCUGCAGAUGCUUUAUUUAUGUAUUUUAUAUAUAAAAAUAAAAAGUCAC